AUGUCAAAUUCUUACCUCCGAUUUUUGCUUGUUUUAGUUCUUUACAUAAUUUCAGCCAAUUCAGCUCAACCUUAUGAUGAAAACUAUGAUAAUAAUGCUGAGUUCACUCUUCAAGUUCCAACGUUAGAUGAAACAAACUUGGAUAAUCUCUUAUCCUUUGGUUACUACCGUAAAAGUUGUCCUCAAUUUGAAUCCAUCUUGCAAAACAAAGUCGAAGAAUGGAUUAAGAAGGAUUACACUUUGGCAGCUAGUCUCCUAAGGUUGCACUUCCAUGAUUGCUCUAUUAGGGGAUGCGAUGGGUCAAUUCUAUUGAACCACAAAGGAAGUGAGAGGACAGCAGAAGCAAGCAAGACAUUGCGAGGCUAUGAAGUAAUUGAUGAUAUAAAGGCAGAGGUAGAGAAACAAUGUCCUAAGACAGUGUCUUGUGCAGACAUUCUUACAACUGUUGCAAGAGACGCCACUGUUGAAUUGGGUGGACCAUACUGGCCCGUCCCUUAUGGAAGAAAAGAUGGAACAAUAUCUAUUGAUAGUGAAACCGAAAUUAUUCCAAAGGGUCAUGAAAACAUCACUUCUUUGAUUGAGUUUUUCCAAUCCAAGGGCUUGAAUGUUUUCGACUUGGUUGUUCUCUCAGGAGCACAUACUAUUGGAAGGACAUCAUGUGGCUCUAUUCAAUAUAGGCUAUACAACUACAAUAACACAGGGAAAUCCGAUCCUUCAAUCGAUCCGAAAUACCUAAACUUCUUGAAAAGAAAAUGUCGAUGGGCCUCGGAGUAUGUUGAUCUUGAUGCAACGACACCAAAAAAGUUUGAUCAAAUGUAUUAUCUAAAUCUCAAAAAGAAAAUGGGAUUGUUGUCGACAGAUCAAUUGUUAUAUUCUGAUCAAAGAACUUCUCCAUUGGUUUCAGCAAUGGCUUCAGCGUCAUCGGUUUUCAAGCACCAGUUUGCGGUUUCGAUGUCAAAGUUCGGUGUCAUUGAUGUUCUUACUGGUGAGGAUGAAGGAGAAAUCAGAACCAACUGCAAUUUUGUCAAUGCUUAUUAA